AUGCUCCAUCCGAUUUUGGAUCUUAGUAGUGUGAAUGUUGUCCUUGCAUUGUCAGGAAUCUACAUUUUGGUCUUUGGUUUCGUUGCUGUGAAGAUCAAGCAAAGAUGGUACCUUGGUGAAGCGUUACCGUCGUUUAUUGUGGGCGCUAUAAUAGGGCCCUUUUGUGCCAGAUUCAUCAACGUGAGCCAAUGGAGUGGGGACUCUAAAACUGAUGUUGGUGACAUUGCCUAUGGCCUGAGCCGACUGGUAAUUGGUAUCGCGAUGGUCAAAGUUGGAUAUGAACUACCAAAACGGUAUCUUCGGCUUCGCCUAGUUGAGCUCACGAUCUGUUUACUGCCUUUGAUGACCAUCCAAUGGUUGAUCACAUCGGCAUGUAUCAAGCUGAUAAUCCCUCAGUUGAGCUUCUUGACUUCACUCAUCAUCGGAUCUUGUGUGAUAUGCAUCGAUCCAGUUCUCUCGCAGGCCAUCGCCAAAGGCCCUUUCGCAGAUCAGUACGUUCGAAGGCACCUUCGAGAAUUUAUUUCUGCCGAAGCAGGUGGAAAUGAUGGUUUCGGGUUUCCGUUUCUUUUGCUCUCGAUUGCUCUCCUUCGUUAUACCGACUCUCCACCGGGUGUAAUGAAUUCAGCAGAGGCCGACCUCACAAAUCAUAGGCGUGAUUGGAUUGGCGAACAAGAUACUGGUCGGUUUGGUGGCGAUGUCGGACGCGCUUUGGCACAUUGGGCUGUUGAAGGGGUAUUAUACAUGCUGGUUAUGGGCGCUGGAUAUGGUGUCCUUGUCGGAUUUUUGAGUCGGAAAGCGUUGAAUGUGGCUUCAAAAAGACGAUGGGUUGACAGGGAGAGUUUCUUCCUAUAUCCCGUUGCUAUUGGACUGUUUAUUGUCGGCACCUGUGGCUGUUUCGGAUCUGAUGAGACCCUCGCCUGCUUCGUCGCCGGUUGCGCUUUGAAUUGGGACGGAUCAUACCAUUUCGAAGUUGAAGAAAGGCGUGAUUCUUUCAAUCCUGCAAUUGAAAUUAUCCUGAACUUUGGGACGUUCAUGUUUCUCGGUGCUAUUACGCCAUGGGAUCAGUUUCAAAUGCCCAGCCAGAAUGGAAUCACCAUCGCCCAACUGGUCGGGUUGGGAUUCUUGAUUUUGAUAUUUCGCCGGAUCCCGGCGAUCAUGAUGGGAUAUCGAUUUAUGCCUAAAGUGUGCAAUGAUUGGAAAGAGGCAUUAUUUAUGGGUUACUUUGGGCCGAUUGGAAUUGGCGCAAUAUCAUAUGUGGAGUAUGCACGCAGACUAUUACCGGACCCAGGAGAAAGUGAUGUCGAGAUCAACACUCUGACUUCGACUAUGAUUCCCGUGGUCUACUGGCUCGUCUUCUUCUCCAUCGUCAUCCAUGGACUCUCGAUACCAGUUCUGAACUGCCUCUAUAAAUGGUUCAAGGUUCCCACAAUCAAAGACCAUCCAAUCGAAAUAGUUCUACUCUCAGAGAACGAACCGGUCCCCAACAAUAGUGUGGUCGAUCGCCAAGGUCACUCGAUUGUGCUCAACAACCGCUUCUCUUGUGCCUCCGGUCGCGUCACGAAUCUCCCCAAGGGCCAUGUGAAGCAGGCGGGCUUUCAAGCAUUCCCUGUGGAUGUGACUUGGGAGCAGGAUUGUGCAAUCACUAUGCGCGAUGGGAUCAAGCUUUACGGUGAUGUGUUCCGGCCGACCCGUGGAGACAAAGUACCCGCUAUCAUUCCUUAUAGUCCAUAUGGAAAGGUCGAUUCGGGUGUUCUGUCGUAUGAUCUCAUGGGUCCCUACCGUAUGGGAAUUCCAUACCAGCGCCUGAGUGGAUACGAGACGUUCGAAGGUCCCAACCCUGCUGAGUGGGCCGAGCGUGGAUAUGCAGUUGUUGACAUCGAUGCUCGGGGAUGCGCGCAUUCGGAGGGGAAUAUUGUUUUCUGGGGUCAACAGGAGGCAGAAGAUAUCUAUGAUUGUAUUACUUGGGUAUCUCAGCAACCGUGGUGCAAUGGAUCAGUUGUUCUUGCUGGGAAUUCCUGGCUCUCCAUAUCCCAAACUAACUUUACCUCCCGACUCUCCCACCCAGCUCUAAAGGCAAUUGCCCCAUGGGAAGGUCUUUCAGAUCCUUAUCUUCAGCAAAACUGCCGGGGCGGGAUCCCCAAUCCGGUCUUUAUGGGUUUGAUCAUGGGUGGAUUCGCCGGUCUGGCUAACAUGGAGGAUUUUGGGAAGAUGCUGCAAGAGCAUCCAUUGUAUGAUGCGUACUGGCAGAGCAAAAAAAUUGACGCCAAGAAUAUUCGCGAUAUUCCGGUGUACUUCACAGCCUCCUACUCGACAGGCCUUCACACGGAAGGAUCUCUUGAGGGAUUUCAGACAGCAUCUACUCCGAAGAAAUGGAUUCGAAUUCAUGCUUCCCAGGAGUGGCACGACCUAUAUACUGUCAAAGCAAAUGACGACCUUCAACGCUUCUUCGAUUUCUACGCCAAGGGUAUCCAAAAUGGCUGGGAAGAAGAUACUCCUCCAGUGAGACUCACCUUGCUUGGUUUUGAAAAUAGCCCAGCAAAAACAAUCGUGGAGCGACCUGAGCAAGAGUGGCCUCCUGCACGUCUGCGCAUGGAAAAGUUUUACCUUGACGCUGCCACAAAGUCACUUAGUCCCUCCAAGCCGGACGCCACCGCAACGACAACACAUGAGAGCCACUCUCUGACCGACUCCUCGGACUUCAAGCUGGUUUUCUCCGAGUACACGGAGCUCUGUGGGCGACCGUUUGUUAAAAUCUUCAUGUCAGCCCCCUCACAUGAUGAUCUCGACGUUGUUGUACAGAUUCGCAAACUGUCUGCUUCUGGCGAAGUCCUCGAGUCUCUCAAUUGGUCUCCCAUGCCACAACCGCAGCCCGAAGUGCCCAAUGUGAAUGUUGCUAAACACCUCGGUCCCCAGGGAAUGCUCCGUGCGUCUCAUCGCGUUAGUAUGGCUCCUCGCACCAGUGACGAUGAGUAUCCUUCUUAUGAUCACCGCUCACGGCAACCAAUUACGCCCGGUGAGAUCGUGGAGCUGCUGAGUCCGAUCUGGCCCAUGGGUGUUGUGUAUGAAGCAGGCGAGGGAUUGGUAUUGAAGAUUUCAGGCCAUGAUAUGUCAUUGCCAGAGAUCGAGAUGUUGAGGCCGACUGAGCCUCGCGAUGAGAACAAGGGACAGCACAUUGUCCACACGGGUGGAGAAUAUGAUAGUUAUUUGGUUCUUCCGCGCAUUGCAUAA